AUGUUUUUUUUUUCAGUUGGAUGUGACAAUUGGCAAGAAUGGUGGACUUACGAUGGAAUUUCAGGUCCCGGAUAUUGGGGUCUCAUGAACCCGCAGUGGAACAUGUGCUCGAAAGGACGAAGACAAUCUCCAAUCAACAUCGAGCCGGACAAAUUGUUGUUCGAUCCCUACUUGAACGGCAUAAACGUCGACAAACACAAAGUGAACGGAGUCCUCUACAACACGGGACAGUCGUUAGUGUUCAGGGUGGAUAAGGACACCAAGCAUCCAGUGAACAUUUCCGGAGGACCCCUGGCGUACAGGUAUCAGUUCGAGGAGAUAUACAUACACUACGGCACGGAAAAUCGUCAGGGGUCGGAGCAUCAAAUAUACGGAUAUACUUUUCCGGCUGAGAUACAACUCUACGGAUUCAAUAAGGAACUCUAUCAUAAUAUGUCAGAAGCACAACAUAAACCCCAGGGGAUUGUUGGGAUAUCCUUAAUGGUCCAGAUUGGAAACAAGCCUGACGAUGAAUUUAGGAUCGUUACAAAUGUUUUUCCCAAGGUGAAAUACAAAGGAGCCUCGACGCCCAUAAAACACAUAUCCAUAAGAACCAUGCUGCCAGACAUAGACCACUUCAUGACGUACGAGGGAUCCACCACCCAUCCCGGCUGCUGGGAGACAACAGUGUGGAUCCUCCUUAAUAAGCCCAUUUAUAUGACAAAAAGCGAGUUUUACCACUUAAGGCUGCUAAUGCAGGGUCCUGAAGAAUCACCAAAAGCGCCACUGGGAAACAAUGCACGUCCAAUACAGCCACUUCAUCAACGAACCAUCCGUACAAAUAUAAAUUUUGCAAAUUCAAAGCACAAAGGCUGUCCAACUAUGGAACAAAACCUGCACUACAGAGCUAAUAAAUGGUCCACGAAUGUGAAAGAUCUCCACAGUUCGCAUGCACUACACUGAGCCAUCCAUCCCGGCCUUCUGGGCCACUCGAAACAGGGGGAAGAAACAGGAUUUGCUUGGUGAUCGAUGCCGAUGUUGAAAAACUCCAUUUUCUACAUAAUCACGACUUUUUCUAAUUAGACUGCAGAAACUAAAACCUUCAGCAGAUUCCUUAAAUUCCGAUAUUACGAACACGUCGAAGUUCCUCACAAAAAUAUUCUUUCCAAAUGUAUAAUUCCGACUUUCAAGUCGGAAUUUUGAGUUAUAACUCAGAAAUCGGAAUUACAAGACAUAAUUCUGAGAUGCAAGUGAUAAAGUUUGAUAUAUAAGUCAGAAUUCUGAGAUAGAAGUCGAAAUUACGAGAUAUAUGUCAGAAUUUUUUAGCACAAGUCGGAAUUCUGAGAUACAAGUCAGAAUUCUGAGUUCCCCUCCAUCGCCUUUAGCUUUUCAACUUUGGGUAGGACCCCCAUGGUUGACGACCAUUCAUUUUAUUGGGCUAGUAAGGUAUUCCCAUUUUUUGCAAGUCAGGAUUCUGAGUUAUAAGGCAGGUGUUCACUUUUACUUGAAUACUGGACCAUCUUAUCUUACAAUUCAAAAGUUGUUUCAAAUUUCGAAUUGCAUCUCAGAAAUUCUACUCAAGAGUCAGAGUUUCUAAUUACAAGUUAGAAUUUCUACUUGAAAGUAAGAUUUCUGUGUUGUAUCCCAGAAUUCCUAUUUUUAAAUCAGAAUUCUGGCAUUUCUCUCAGAAUUCCGACUUGUAUCUCAGAAUUUCGACCUGUAACCCAUAAUUCUGACUUAUUCCUCAGAAUUACGACUAACAAGUCAGAACUCUGAGUUCUCCUUCUUCGUUCAGCUUUUCAUCAUCCUAUCUUGCCAUUUAAAACUUCAAUUUCUCAGAAUUCUGACUUGUACCUCAGAGUUCCUAGUCCAAAGUAAGAUUCUUGGCUUUUAUUCCAGAUUUGCUAGUUGUAAAUCAAUAUUCUGACUUUCCUCUCAGAAUUCCGACUUGUAUCUCAGAAUUUGGACCUGUAAUUCAGAAUUCCGACUUACAAUUAAGAAUUUUCAGUUUUCCUGUUUCGUUUAGCUUCUCAUUAUCUUAUCUUGUAAUUUGAAAUUUCUCUCUAGUUUCGGCUUGUACCUCAGAUUUCUGAGUUGUACCUGAGAAUUCCUACUCACAAGUCAGAAUGCUGAGUUACAAGUCGAAAUUUGAGAUUGAUUUUAAAUUGCAAGGUAGCAUGAUGAAAAGCUAAAGACGAAGAAGGAGAACUCAGAAUUCUGACUUGUGAGUCGGAAUUCUGAGGAAAAAGUCAGAAUUCUCACAUGUAUCUCAUAAUUUCGACUUGUAACUUAGAAUUCCGAAUUGUGUUUCAGAAUUUCGACUUGAAACUCAGAAUUCUGACUUGUAACUCAGAAUUCUGACUUAUACCUUAGAAUUCCGACUCACAGGUCAGAAUUCUAUGAGUUUUAUCUUAUAAUUUUGACAUGCAACACAUAAUUUUGACUUGCAAGUCGAGAUUAUUUGCAAAAAAUGUGUUUGUGGACCUUCACGCCUUCGUAGGAACAGUUCUUAUUAAAUCUGAAAGGUAACAACAAAAUGUUAUGCUUUCUCAAGUGCUACACUCGCAAUACGUAUAAUUAUUAAUGAAUAUUUCGAACUUGAUAUCAGAAAAUGGAGUUUUUCAAUGGAGGCGUUGGCUGAAGACAAAUUCGUCAGGAAUCACAACAGGCCUACCUGGAGGUGCUCCUACCAUGAUCGACACUUCGUGAGUAAGUGUAAAGUUCAAACUGUGUAAAUAGUGAUGGACGAUUGUAGUUUUGUGAUACAACGCAAUAAUAAUAAUAAAGAAAGUGGAACUUAUAUGACGGGACUCGUGUGUUAUGAGCUUAUAGACAUUGUAUAGUUUGAAAGAACUUGUAUAGCCAAUUUAUUCACUUCGUGAUGGAUUUUUUUUUUACCGAACACGUUAUUGAAAAGAGUACGAUACUCUGAAUGAUUUGAAAUCGUUAAUGGUUAUUAGUAUCGACGAAUGGGAAAGUUUCGUGUUUUGUAAUCAAUGCCACCACAAUCUAUCCAUUGAACAACAUGAAAACUACAUAUAUAGCCUCGAGAGAGAAAUUUGUGACAUGGAUACAAUAAUGUAUAAUAGCGGUGUCCACUGGGGAAUGAAUUACAAUGAAGUAAAAAAGCCCAUAACUGUAACUAUACCGAUUUGAGUAGGGCGGGCAUAUUAUUGCCGCUAAUUCCGAAUCAAUUCUGACGGGGAAUUAUGAUGUUGAUUUAUAUUUUUGUCCAUGUCCAGCUUAGAACUGAAGGAUAAAUCUGAAGGAAUGAUUGGGAUCAUUUAGAAUUACUUUUGCUAACUCAUUUUCUUGAAAAGGGUACUUAUAAUCAUUAAUGAAUCAUUUUAAAUCAAUAAAGCGUCGAAUGAAUGACGAGAAGGAGAGAAAAAAGAAGAAUUACAUUAAAAUUAUAAAUGGAGCAACAGUAAGAAUCUAAUUUAUCGCCUACAUGCCCCUACUUACCUCAUAUGUUGCUGCCCAUCCAUUGGAGGAAAAUAAAUCGAAAAACGCGAAUUUCCCCCAGAAAAAAUCCCAUAUAACUUCCCCAAUUUAACUCGCAUCUCCGGGCGUUCUGAUCCAGGCCAUUUUGCGAAUUACGAAUGAAAAAAUCUGGCAUUUUAAUUUGGAUGGAAGUCGCCCCAAGAUUAUCUUCAAGUUUUCCAGUUUGUCACAGUCCGAAUGAAUCAGGAACUGGCAGGGAGGUGGGCAUUACUUUAAUUAAGUGCCAGCUGAUGCCUCGAUUAUUCUCAGACUCCGGGCUUCAUUUCGUCUAAGCUGACAUACGGACAUGAUUGAAAUGAAUAUAAGUGUUUGCCGGCGUCGGACCUUCUGCAGAGAAUUCAACUCGAGUUAUCUUCGGGAGAUAUUUCGGGAUACAGCCGAAGUUUGGCCGGGAUUUGGAAGACUUCGCGAGAUGUUUAACUGAACUGAAGAAUUAAAUCGGCUUUGUCGUUAGACGAACGCGAUUUGGGGCGUCUUUUUGACGAUGCUAAAUUUCCCGCUGUUCGUCUUGCUUAAAUUUAACUGCAGAGGCGCUGUACUCACUUGUACAAUCCCAGUCCAAGAUGGGAUUGUGGAUUUUGAUUACCAGAAACCCUACGAGAGUGAGAUUCUUCACAACUGUGAGAUUUCAAUGAAAAAAAAAUUGAUUUUUGCAACGAAGUAUAUGAUAUUUUUCGUGAUCAAACAUUCCUUCAGAUUUGUCUCUCAUUGAACGAAUAUAUUUACAAAAAUUUAGUCCUAACUUUAAUAUGCUUCAUGUAGCACAAAGAUGUAAGUAUAUUGCCAAAUUAUGAGAUGAGAAUUAUAACGAAAAUUAUUAAUAAAUAUGUUUUAUAAAAAA